AUGGCGACGCAGCAAGACCUCCAGGAGCUGCUGCGGCUGCAGACAGCCCGCAAGAUGCCAAUGAAGGACGCCAUGGCCCAGAUCAAGGCCCUUCAAAGUGCCAGUCUAAGAAGCGUCCGACAGAUUGCCGAAGCACCAUUGAAAACAGUCGAGACGGCCAUGGCGGACGCGAAAGCUGCACGAUCAUUCCAGAACGCCUGCAAGGCCCAUCUGAAGCGCAUGCAGACCUCGCCCGGGUCAGCCGGCACAACGGGGAAACGACCAAGCACAGCAACCCAAGAAUCAGCAAACAAGAGGGCAAGGCUUUCCGGCGGUGACGGUGGCUACAUGCUCGGGCCGGCCGCCGUGAGCCCCGCGGAGCUCGAGGCCUCCCUCUCGCUGCCCCUCGAUACCGACGAAGACCGCAUUGCCGAGACGGCAAUCCAGACGAACCGGGCCCCGCUCGUACUGGCUUUCGCGGUCGAGCUCCUGCGCCAUACGAUGCCCGAGCAGCCCCCCUCGAGCAGGUUGUCGCUUGCGCAAGCAGUUGUCAGCGCCAAUUCGCGCUCCAAGGCCGUGAGCUUAGGGCUGGAUAAGGGGCCAAGCGCGGACGAGGAGGGAUGGGGCGAGGGGCAGCCGAGGAUCAAGGUGAUGGGCCGAGAAAUCGCUGUGUUAAAAAGAGGAGGGUACCAAUGGAAGGGAGAAGAGGAGGAACGCGCAGGAGGGGCGGAAGACACCGGGGGCGAGGAUACCACGCAAAAAGACCCCGACGGGUCAGCAUCGACAUUGAAAGCCGAGGACAACGCAGCCGAGUCAGCAGCAGCCCAGCCCGCAAACGCCAACACAUGGACGACGAGCCCCUCCGUGUCCCUGAAGCAAUCCACCUUCGUCGCCCGCGCAACCACCAUGACCGACCCGUCCCAGCGGCCAAAGCUCCUCAAGGCCCUGUUCGAGGCCCAGCCAGGCCUGAGGAGCGCAUCCCACAACGUCUGGGCCUACCGCGUCCGCGCGGCCGAGGUGUCAGUAAGCAACCACCCGCGCGAGUCCUCCCACGACGACGGCGAGUCGGGCGCGGGGGCGCUGCUCCUGCGCGUCCUGCGCGAGACCAACGGCAUCGACGUCCUCGUCGUCAUGACGCGGUGGUACGGCGGCGUCAUGCUGGGCCCGGACCGGUGGCGGCUGAUGCGCAACGUCGUCACGCAGGCGCUGUCGGAGCGCCUGCGCAGGACGGGCGUCGAGGCCGGCCUGGGCGGCGAGGCGGUCUGGGGCCUCGACCUCGAGGGCGCCAGGGGCGGCAAGGCGGGCGGCGGGGCCGGGGGCAUGCCGACGCACCGGCCCGAGGCGGCGCGCAACUACCUGCUCAAGAGCUUCGGCAGCGCGGAAGACGAGGCGGCCAGGAAGAAGAGGACGACGGCCAGGGCCGAGGGCGCCGAGAGGGAGGCGAACCUGGGCCUGCUGCUGGGCGCGCUGCGGCUGCUGUUCGACAGCUGGGCCGACGUGCUGCCGGCCGAGGAGCUGGACCGCCGGGCGUGGGGGUGGUAUGCUGCGGCGCGCCCCGAGGUGGACUCUGGGCCGGCGGGGUGGGGUGCCAAGGGGACGCUGAGGCUGAAGACUAUCUUGGAUUUGAGGAGGAAGGCUUGA